CUCGGUAUCCGUUUCAGCUCUGCGGUGAACUACAUUGUCAGAAUCGGCUACAUUCUACAUCUAGUACUCGUCUUCCCCGUGAUCCAUUUCUCCUUGAGAGAAACCGUCAAUACCUUACUGUUUGAAGGAUCGCCUCCUCUAUCCGAAAGCAAAAAGAGAUCAUUUGGGCUAACUGUGGUCUUGCUGGCUCUUAUUUACAUUGGCUCAACGAUGAUCCCAAAUAUAUGGACAGCUUUCAAAUUCACAGGCGCAACAUCAGCAGUUUCGCUUGGUUUUACAUUCCCUGCUCUU